AUGGAUAAAAGCCUCGACUGCAAUAGUAGUAAUAGCCACGAAAACCUAACAAACCCUACAGUCGUCAAUCCCAAGUCGCGCGAAAUACUCCGCCGAGCUGAGACCGGCAAAGCACAAGACACGUCCUACGGCACCACCAACGGCACUACCAACGGCUUUGCCAACGGUAGCUCUAGCAAUUCGUUCUCCCCCCUCGGCAACAUGAACGGCGAGCAUGAACCUCUCUUGGGAGGGCAGGGCUCCUCCAUCCUGCACCCCGAGCCUGGGUUCUGGCGCCAUGUCUUCAUCAACACCCGGAGCAGCCCAGGCACUAACAACCCGAACCCCUUCAUCCGCUACCCUGCCCACCUCUGGAAUGUGACCAAAGUCACCUUGUUAAGCUCGUGGAUCAACCUACUUCUCGUUUUUGUACCCCUGGGUAUCAUCGCCGGCGAGCUGGAAUGGAGCGCCCCGUGGGUAUUCACCCUCAACUUCUUCGCCAUUAUCCCUUUGGCCGCCGUUCUCUCGUUUGCCACGGAAGAGAUUGCGGGCCGUCUGGGCGAGACGCUAGGCGGCCUCGUGAACGCAACGUUCGGAAAUGCCGUGGAACUCAUCGUCAGCAUUGUUGCCCUGCGCGCUGGUGAGAUCGAAGUCGUCCAAUCUUCGAUGAUCGGCUCCAUUCUGUCGAACCUGCUGCUCGUCCUUGGUAUGUGCUUCUUCCUCGGCGGCGUCUACAACAUGCGCGGCGCGGACGGCAACGGCAUCGAACAGCGCUUCUCUAGCGGCGCUGCCCAGACCACGAGCUCGCUCAUGACCCUCGCCUCCGCCUCCAUGAUCCUGCCUGCCGCCCUGUACGGCGUCCUCAGCCAAGCCGAUGAGGACAACAAGAAGGCCAGCAUCUUGGUCCUCUCUCGCGGCACAGCCGUCAUUCUACUGUUCCUCUACGUCCUCUACCUCUACUUCGCUCUGCGCACCCACAAGAAGCUGUUCGAGCCUGAGGCCCCAGACGCCCAGGGCCUUGCUAGCACCCAGGAGGAGCAGGAGGAGGAGGAGCCGGUGCUCGGACCCUGGGCUGCGGCCUUUGUGCUGGUGGUCGUGACCGUUAUCAUCUCGUUCUGUGCCGACUACAUGGUCGACAGCAUCGACGCGCUUGUGGCCACGGGCAAGAUCAGCAAGACCUUCAUUGGUUUGAUCCUGAUUCCCAUUGUCGGUAACGCCGCCGAGCACGUCACUGCCUGUGUCGUUGCUGUCAAGAACAAGAUGGAUCUAGCCAUGGGCGUCGCUAUUGGGUCCAGCAUCCAGAUCGCCCUGCUCGUCACCCCGGCCUUGGUCAUGCUCGGCUGGGCAAUCGGCCAACCCAUGACCCUCCACUUCGAGACCUUCGAAACCAUCGCUUUUGCCCUCUCCGUUCUCGUGGUCACCUACACCGUCCAAGACGGCAAAUCGAACUACCUUGAAGGCGCCAUGCUCCUCGGCCUUUACUUGAUUAUUGCACUUGCCUUCUGGGCCAGCCCUGCUGAUGCCCUUGGCAAGGACUAA